UUAAACAGGCGUCAGAUCAUGGUCAUUUGUGUAAAUCUGGAAGAAUAACCAGUGAGAGGUUAAGGUGGAAAAUAUGGGGACAUUUUAUUAUUAAACAUUAACAUCACAUUAUCUGUGUAUUGUCCAGAUGUAUCCAGGCUACAGUUAGUACAAAAUGCUGCUGCGAGAACUGUCACUAGAACUAGGAGGAAGUUUGACCAUAUAACACCGGUACUUAAAUCACUGCAUUGGCUCCCGGUCACAUCUCUUGUAGGUCGCGCCUUUCGUAACUUACUCACUUACUGGGCGCCUGAACUGUGGAAUACAACUUUGCCAGUUACCUCCUUGCUUACCGUCAAAAAUGCCCCGUCUGUUUCUUUCUUCCUGUCUUCAAAUCCAGUCUAAAGAGUUACAUGUUCAUCAUGAUGCAGGCAAGAUUCCACCUCGAAAUCACGUAAUUCCCCUUGCCUGUGUGUGUUUGUUUUUACCACCAAUUCAAUGCAGCGUAGACAUAGUAAAUUGACUUAAGCAACUAACCUGGCCUGUUCUUUCUUCUCUUGAGCACCACUGACUGUGUGUGACUCGCUACGGUGCUGACAGACUCGACUCACCACGGAACACCCCCCUCCCCAUGAUCCAUGCCAUGAUGAUCAUGCUGACUGAACUGAAGUGAAGAUCAAGAUGAUGACCGGCAGUUCAGCUGCCGCCGCGACGACGACGACGACGACGACGUACGACACGUCCGACGCUGAGCUGGAAUUCAACGAGGCUCCGGACGAAUUUCCAAAAAUGUCAGGAAUUCCAGCCAGGGCUGCGCGCACGGCGCGCCCCCCGCCCGGAAGCAAGGAGCCGCCUCGCGCUCUUCGCUCCGGCCGGACAGCUCGCGGAAAGAGCCGGAAGUGGGCGGCCGGUGACAGGUCGCGAGAGCGCGCGACUCGAGCGAGCGAGAGAGGAGAGCGAGGCCGAGGGCAGCUGCUCCGUGGCUGUGUGCGGACCCUGUCGACACCUUUAUGGUGGAGCGAAAGUGCAUUUGAAGAGCUGACGUCGAGGGUUCUCAAGAUGUCUGUUUGGAUCCAGGCUCAGCAACUCCAGGGGGAAGCCCUGCACCAAAUGCAGUCUCUCUACGGCCAGCACUUCCCCAUCGAGGUGCGCCACUACCUGUCCCAGUGGAUCGAGGCCCAGCUGUGGGACUCUGUAGACUUGGAGAACCCACAGGAGGAGUUCAAGGCAAAGCGAAUGCUGGAUAGCCUAAUCCAGGAGCUGCAGAAGAAGGUAGAACACCAGGUGGGCGAGGAUGGUUUCCUACUGAAGAUUAAACUGGGCCACUAUGCAACGCAGCUUAAGAACACCUACGACCGAUGUCCCCUAGAGCUGGUGAGAUGUAUUAAACACAUACUGUACACAGAGCAGAGGCUGGUGCGGGAGGCUACAAAUGCAAGCUCUCCUGGGGGUGGGAUGCUGGACAGCAUGUCUCAGAAGUACCAGCAGCUCAACCAGGCCUUUGAGGAGCUUCGUCUGUUGACACAGGACACAGACAAUGAUCUACGCAAGCUGCAGCACAGCCAGGAGUACUUCAUCAUCCAGUAUCAAGAGAGCUUGCACAUCCAGGCGCAGCUCGGCAACUUGUCCGCCCUUCCGCCAUCUGACCGCGUGCUAAGAGAGCCUGCUCUGCUGAGCAAGAGGGCCACUAUGGAAGCCUGGCUCACCCGAGAGGCCAACACACUACAGAAGUACAGGCUGGACCUGGCAGAGAAACAUCAGAAGACCCUGCAGCUCCUCCGAAAACAGCAGACCACUAUUCUGGAUGACGAGCUCAUCCAGUGGAAGAGAAGACAGCAGCUGGCUGGCAACGGCGGCCCACCGGAGGGCGCGCUGGACGUCCUUCAGUCCUGGUGUGAAAAGCUCGCGGAGUUGAUCUGUCAAAACCGACAGCAGAUUCGGCGAGCAGAGCACCUGAGGCAGCAGCUGCCCAUUCCUGGCCCGGUUGAGGAACUGCUGACGGAGCUCAACAACACCAUCACAGACAUCAUCUCUGCACUGGUUACGAGCACCUUCAUCAUUGAGAAGCAUCCCCCACAAGUGUUGAAGACACAGACCAAGUUUGCUGCCACUGUGCGCCUCUUGGUGGGGGGGAAGCUCAACGUGCACAUGAACCCACCGCAGGUGAAGGCCACUAUCAUCAGCGAACAGCAAGCCAAGGCACUGCUGAAAAAUGAGAAUACGAGGAAUGUGCUCUCUUGCAGUGAGAGUAGUGGGGAGAUUCUCAACAACAGCUCUGUGAUGGAGUACCAUCAGACCACCGGCACACUCAGUGCCCACUUCAGAAACAUGUCUUUGAAACGUAUCAAGCGUUCGGACAGGCGUGGAGCUGAAUCGGUUACAGAAGAAAAGUUCACCGUUCUCUUUGAGUCACAGUUCAGCGUGGGUGGUAAUGAGCUGGUAUUUCAAGUCAAGACAUUAUCACUUCCUGUUGUGGUAAUUGUCCAUGGCAGCCAAGACAACAAUGCCACUGCAACAGUACUUUGGGAUAAUGCUUUUGCUGAGCCAGGCCGAGUGCCCUUCGCCAUUCCGGACAAGGUGAUGUGGCCGCAGCUGUGCGAUGCGCUCAACAUGAAGUACAAGGCUGAGGUGCAGAGCAACCGUGGGCUCUCAGAAGAGAACCUGGUCUUUUUAGCGCAGAAGGCCUUUAGCAGUGCGAGCACCAGUCCGGAGGACUACCGCAGCAUGACCAUGUCCUGGUCACAGUUUAACAGGGAGAGCUUACCUGGCCGAAACUUCACAUUUUGGCAAUGGUUUGAUGGAGUUAUUGAACUCAUGAAAAAGCACCUGAAAUUGCACUGGAAUGAUGGGGCGAUUCUGGGCUUCGUGAACAAGCAGCAGGCUCAGGACAUGCUAAUGUCCAAACCUAAUGGGACCUUUCUUCUCCGCUUCAGUGACUCUGAGAUAGGGGGCAUCACUAUUGCCUGGGUGGCUGAGAACCCUAACAAAGCAGGGGAAAGGAUGGUGUGGAAUCUUAUGCCAUACACAACUAAAGACUUCUCUAUCCGCUCCCUGGCUGACAGAAUCAGUGACCUCAACCACCUUCUGUUCCUGUAUCCUGACCGGCCAAAGGAUGAGGUCUUCUCCAAAUACUACACCCCGCCUCACUCAAAAGCAGUAGACGGCUAUGUCAAACCACAGAUCAGACAAGUAGUGCCGGAGUUUGCAACUGCCAAUCCUGAUCCAUCCAGUGGAAAUCCCACCUACAUGGAUCAUGCAGCUUCACCAUCUGUCAGUCACCCUCAUAUCUAUGGCAUUUACCCACCCAUAAAUGAUUCAAUGUUGGAUGGCGAUGGAGAAUUUGACCUGGAGGAUACCAUGGAUGUUGCAAGACAUGUUGAGGAGUUGCUGCGCAGGCCGAUUGAAAACCAGUGGAGUGGUCAACAGUCAUGACUGUUCACCUCUAAUCCUGCACCACACCCCAAAGGAAGAACACCCCCCCCCCCCCUUUUGCAUUUAAUUUUAUAGUUUUAUUCGUUUUUGAGUAACAAUGUAAAAUGUUAAUGAUCUAUAGCUGGUUUUGUGACAACAUAACUCGUAUGUAUCUGUGUCCCUGGGUACCUGUUGAACAGAAACAGAAAAAAGAAAAGGUUCGGAAUAGAAAGAUAUGUUACGGACAGCACUGCUGAGGUACCGCUUACAGAUGUGAGGCAAAGGUUUGUGAACUCUUUGGAGUUUAUCUUGACUUCUGCAUGAAUGACUCCAAAGAUGUAAUCUCAUCUUCACUGCCGUCGUAAGUGUUUUUAACAAACACACAUUUUAUAUUGCCAUGUAUUUAUUGAACAAAUGGGUUAAAGUCAUGGGUGGAGCAAGGGUAAUGAUAACAUCUUCAGAUGUCAGUAAUUGGAGCCAGAUCUUCCGGUCAGUGCGUUAGAUGUUGGUAUUGGUUAAGGUGUGGGUUUGAGCUGCCCUGCUGUGAACAAAUAAGGGUUGCUCAUAAAAAGCUCAUAAAACUGGAACGGAUUACGAAAGGAUUUCUGAAGCCUUUGGCCUCCAGCAGGCCCCAGCCCGCCUGCUAGUUUACAAAUAUAAAAAAAAAUUCAGCACUAUUUCUAGUCUGCUUAGAAGGGGGGUGUCCUACAACGAACAGUGCACGGAUGUGCCUUACAAUCCUCACCCCGACAAACACUACGGUGAUGGUACGUACAGUACGCAGGACAAGAGUGGUGUUCACGGGAGCUCACCACAGAGGAAACCACUGCUCUCCAACAACAUUUGUAUGUCUGCCUCAUGUUUGCUAAUGACCACCUGCAUGUUCCAUAACAAUGUUCUGUGGACGGAGACAAAAAUGUAACCUUUUGUUAACUAAACACAGUGGUGUGUUUGGGGAAAACAAAACACUGUUUACCAACACCUUAACCUCCUCCCAGCUCUGAAGCCUGGUGGAGGGAUUAUAAUGGUGUGGGGUUUAUUUGCUGCCUCAGGGCCUGGGUGGCUUAAAAUGAUUGUGGGACCAAUGAAUUUCAAGCUCUGUCAAGAAAUUCUACAGCAGAAUGUCCGGGCAUCUGUCCCUGAUGUAAAACUCAGAGGAAGCUGGGUCAUGCAACAUGACAAUGGUCCAAAACACAGGCGUGUGUGGCCAAGAGAGUGUCUCCAACAGAAGAUUUGGCGAACAUUAGAAUGGCCAAUACUGCGGCGUGAUAUGAAGCAGGCUGUUCCAGCAGGAGUACCAAAAAUAUACAUGCACUGAAAUACUUUUGGGGGGGGCGCGGUGGCGCAGUGGGUUGGACCGGGUCAUGCUCUCCCGUGGGUCCGGGGUUCGAG